CUUUCUCGAGAUAUGAGCUACAAUCGUUGCCAUGGACCGAAUUUAGUUGCAAGCCCCUGCAAACUCUCACAUCGAGAAACUUAGUAAGCUUAAAGAUAGGUUAUGUACGACUCAACUUUGGAAGAUUUCCAUUUUAGCAUAUAGAUAUAUCACGAAAGUCAUCGUAGUAUUGAGAAGAUGAUGGGUUUGUUAUCAACUGAAGAUUGAUCUUGGCAUGAGAAGGGUCAAUCCAUUAAAACUCCCCAAUCUGAUUGGACGAAAAACAGUACCCACUUCCCCACCAUUGACCGGUCCUACUAGGUAUCUUUUUUUCGUCUGUAGUUGUCGACUAUAUGAAGUCGAAAUCAACAAGACCUUCACAACUUCCAUCGACAACCAUGGAAAAUCAGCUAAAAACUGAUCAUGAUCUCCCCGUCACUAUAGGAAUUCACGUCCGGCCCACAUCAACCGCCGACGAAGAGAAAGGAUGCGAUGGCAACGAUCGGCCGAAGAGCCCAGAUGCAUCGCCGAAGCAGUCGGCGUUCAAGUCGCUCGGCUGGCUAGACCGAUUCCUUGCCGUCUGGAUCCUGCUUGCGAUGGCCAUCGGGAUCAUUCUAGGCAACUUCGUGCCGGAAACAGCUGAUGCCCUGCAGAAAGGCCAAUUCGUUGGCGUCUCGGUGCCGAUAGCUGUUGGGUUACUCGUCAUGAUGUACCCUAUCUUAUGCAAGGUCCGGUACGAGACCCUGCAUGAGAUAUUCUCUCACCGGGGUAUCUGGAAGCAGAUCGCGUUCAGUGUCUUUAUGAACUGGAUCGUAGCUCCGUUCCUUAUGCUAGCACUUGCAUGGGCGUGCUUACCAGAUAAGCCCGAGCUUCGUACAGGUUUAAUCCUUGUCGGCUUGGGCAGAUGCAUCGCAAUGGUACUUAUAUGGACAGGCCUAGCUGGUGGUGACAGCGAGUACUGCGCCAUCCUCGUAGCCGUUAACUCUAUCCUCCAGAUGGUUUUAUUCGCCCCCUUAGCAGUCUUCUUCAUCCGAGUGAUCAGCCACGAAUCUGGACCGCUUAAUGUUUCAUACGAGGUCGUCGCAACUAGUGUAGGGACCUUUCUCGGCAUUCCAUUAGGCGCAGCUAUGCUCUCACGCUUUGGUUUGCGUGCCUUAGCUGGCCCGCAAUGGUACGAGAAGGUCUUUCUAAGAUUCGUCGCUCCAUGGUCUCUCAUCGGCCUUCUAUACACGAUCCUAGUCCUGUUCGCCUACCAAGGCCAACAGGUCGUUCAUCAGAUCGUGUCCGUUCUACGAGUAUCUGUCCCACUUAUAGUAUACUUCAUCGUUAUCUUCUUCUUGACUCUAUGGGCUACACAUCGGUGUGGAUUUGGUUAUGCUCUUGGUACCACCCAAAGCUUUACUGCUGCUAGCAAUAAUUUCGAACUCGCCAUUGCUGUAGCUAUCGCGACAUAUGGGCCCAACAGCGAUCAGGCUCUAGCAUCUACGGUCGGCCCUCUCAUCGAAGUGCCAGUUCUCCUAGGCUUAGUCUAUGUCGUUAAGCUUAUCGGACAUAGAUGGGCUUGGAAGGAUUAACGCAAUUUCGAGAUCAACGUAAUAUAAUUUACACAUCAUCCAGUUAAACCUAGUGUUCGAUGUGAAAUGUGCACACGAGAUUACCUAUUCUAAAGGAAAGUGCAUUUCGAAUAUGCUAGAGCCAUAAUGGACCAUGACUCAAUACCGUCUAAUGCGCCCAUCCUAAGCCCCCUUGUUUAAGCCCGAUAGACC